UCCGCAAAAAACUCUAUUAUUCUCAGGCCGUUUGUUCAGGUUUCCAAAUUCAGGAUGGCUCUUAACAAACUCAGCAUUGAAAAUGUUGAUCUGAAGGGAAAACGCGUUUUUAUGCGUGUGGAUUUCAAUGUCCCAAUCAAGGAGGGCAAAAUUACCAGCAACCAGCGUAUCGUAGCUGCCCUGGACAGUAUUAAAUAUGCACUGGAAAAGGGUGCCAAAUCUGUUGUCCUUGCUUCGCACUUGGGUCGUCCGGAUGGCAACAAAAAUGCCAAGUACACCCUUGCCCCGGUGGCCGAUGAGAUGAAGAAGCUGCUGGGUCGAGAUGUGACCUUCCUCAAUGACUGCGUUGGUGCUGAAGUUGAAGCUGCAUGCAAGGAUCCGGCUGUAGGAUCGGUGAUCCUGCUGGAAAACGUCCGAUUCUACGUCGAGGAGGAAGGCAAGGGCGUCGACGCUUCCGGUAAUAAGGUCAAGGCUGACAAGGACAAGGUUAAGACCUUCCGUGAAAGUCUUGCCAAGCUGGGUGAUGUGUACGUGAAUGAUGCUUUCGGAACGGCUCAUCGUGCACACAGCUCCAUGAUGGGUGAAGGAUAUGCCCAACGUGCUGCCGGUUUAUUGUUGAACAAGGAACUGCGUUACUUCUCACAGGCUCUGGAUAACCCACCACAACCAUUCCUUGCCAUUUUGGGUGGCGCCAAGGUUGCCGAUAAAAUCCAACUGAUUGAAAAUCUGUUGGACAAGGUCAAUGAAAUGAUCAUUGGUGGUGGUAUGGCAUUUACCUUCUUGAAGGUCCUGAACAAUAUGGAAAUUGGAGGAUCAUUGUUCGACGAGGAAGGAUCAAAGAUCGUACAAAAGUUGGUUGACAAGGCAAAGAAGAAUAAUGUUCAGCUGCAUUUGCCAGUGGACUUUGUUACUGGCGAUAAAUUUGCCGAAGAUGCUACCGUUGGCGCUGCUACUGUUGAAAGUGGAAUUCCCGCUGGACACAUGGGUCUGGAUGUUGGACCAAAGUCGCGUGAAGCGUUUGCUGCACCGAUUGCACGUUCUAAGAUCAUCGUCUGGAACGGUCCUCCUGGCGUUUUCGAGUUCCCCAACUUUGCUAAUGGAACGAAAGCUCUGAUGGAUGGUGUAGUUUCAGCAACGAAGGGUGGAACCGUAUCUAUUAUUGGAGGUGGCGAUACUGCCUCGUGCUGCGCCAAGUGGGGUACGGAAUCUCAGGUUUCGCACGUUUCGACAGGUGGCGGUGCCUCCUUGGAGCUGCUGGAGGGCAAGGUCCUGCCAGGUGUCGAUGCUUUGAGCAGCGCAUAAAUGGUCUACGGAGAAAUGCUCAGCACGGAAUUGAAAGGUCAUGACCGUUAGCUGUUAUCUCGUGCUGACCUAUUCUAAUCAUUACAAGUUUAUGUUU